AUGAAUGAUCAGUCUCAGAUGAUCAAUCAGCCGCCACAAAUGAUGAUGGACCCGAUUCAGUCGCAGAUGAUGAAUCAGUCUCAUCAGUUGAUGGCGGCGGCGGCGGCUGCUCACUCUCAGGCGAGGAGCCAACUGGGGGCGGUUCUGUCGCAGCCGAUGAGCUCUGGUCAUCAGAUGAUGAAUCAGCCUCCCCCGACGUUGUUGAAUAGAAGCUACAUGCCUUGGCAAUCCCAGGAUCCAAACCCUAACCCUAGCAAGAAAUUCCCUUCUUUCAGUCGUAAUAACAAUUGGAAAGGUAAAAAGGUUGGUGGCGGUAAAGAUUCUAAAAAGUUCGAUAAUAGGCCUUUACCCAAUGGUUCUGUUUCCGCUGCUUCCGGUAGUAAUACUCAAGGGUUCAAACCUCCGACGCUUAACGAGCUCCAAUCUCUGAACCAGUUAAAAGCUAGGAAAUUCUACGGCAACAAGAAGAAAUUCAAUAACAAGAGCAACAAUCGCUUUGCUCCUUACGCUCCGCGGAAUACAACAUCGUUUAUAAUCCGAGCGAAAAGGUCGGGAGGGGUAGCGUCCUUGUUGUCUCCAUGUCCAGUGACGCCUGCAGUGCUUCCUACCCCUAUAUUUUCACCCUCGAGGGAGGUUCUGGGUGACAUGGCCAAGGAAGAAUGGGGCGUGGAUGGUUAUGGGUCCAUGAAAGGGCUAAUUCGGCUGCGAACACUGGAAGCUGGUCACGAUGAUGAGGAAGAUGAGGAUGUGGGCGAUGGUGGCGGAUCGAGUGAGAGUGAUGUGGAAGAACACGUGGAAGUUGAGAGGAGGUUGGAUCAUGAUUUGAGUAGGUUUGAGAUGAUAUAUCCGAGUUAUGGAGGUGAUUAUAACAAUGUAUUGGAGAAUAGAGUGGAUGAUCAAGAUACGCAUAUAGCUCAAUUGGAAGAAGAGAAUUUGACGUUAAAGGAGAAGCUGUUUUUGAUGGAGAGAGAAUUAAGGGAUUUGACUAGGAGGUUGCAGUUUCUAGAGAGGCGGAGUCAGGUAGUGGAAUAUGCUAAUGAAGAGGUUGUCGAGAAUGGGUCUGAUAAUGAGAGUGAGGACGCCGGUUCUGAUUUUAGGAUGCGUGCUGCUUCUGCUUAUCAUAAUAAUGUGGAAAUGGCUGUGUUUGCUGCUGGAAAUAGCAGAGAUGUUGGUACUGUUGUGGAGGAUGAUAAUAAUAAUAAUAAUAAUAAUAGUGGACUGUCACGGAAUGAAGGUCCAGAUGACGUUUCUAUGGAUAGAAUUGCAGAAGAUAAUAUAAAGAAUGAAGGUAAAGGAGAUGAUGAAUUAAAAGGUCAAGUUUUGAGGGAAAGAACAGUUCAACAAGACAAGGAAAACGAAGCUGAGGGUAAUAAAGCAGUAUGCAGUGAGUUUGUGGAGAAGAUUGUUGCAGAAGGGGAAGAUGAGUUGAGGUUUUGA